AUCACAUGACUCUCAUACUUCAAGUCGAGUGCAGUGGUGCUUUUUGCAAUGAUUUCUUGCUUUGUUCAAAUCAGCAUCGUCUUUUGUUGUUUAAUAUGUCCUUGUCCGGCAAAGAAUCGACUAUAUGGAACUCCAAACAUUAUCAUCAUGCUUAUGGAUGACAUGGGAUGGGGGGACCUGGGGGUGUUUGGCCAGCCCUCCAAAGAGACCCCUAAUCUGGAUGCCAUGGCUGCCCAGGGCAUAGUGCUCACUGACUUCUAUACAGCCAACCCCCUCUGCUCCCCUUCCAGAGCUGCACUUCUGACCGGGAGACUGCCAAUUAGGAAUGGAUUCUACACUACCAAUGCCCAUGCCAGAAAUGCCUACACUCCCCAAGAGAUGGUGGGAGGGAUCUCUAAGGAGGAGAUUCUGUUGCCUCAAAUGCUGAAGAAGAAGGGCUAUGUCAGCAAGAUAGUUGGCAAGUGGCAUCUUGGGCACCGACCUCAGUACCUCCCGCUGGAACACGGUUUUGAUGAGUGGUUUGGGGCCCCAAACUGCCACUUUGGUCCCUACAACAGCAGCUCCAGGCCCAACAUACCAGUCUACAACAACUCUGAGAUGGUGGGAAGGUACUAUGAGGAGUUUGUGAUCAAUAAGAAGACUGGAGAAUCCAACCUCACUCAGCUUUAUCUGGAGGAGGGUCUGGACUUUAUCCACCGCCAAGCCCUGGCCCAACAACCGUUUCUCCUCUACUGGGCACCAGACGCCACGCACUCCCCCGUCUACGCCUCUAUGCGCUUCCUGGGGAAGAGCCAGAGAGGACGGUAUGGUGAUGCGGUGAUGGAGCUAGAUGAUGCUGUUGGUCAGAUCCUGGCCUGGCUUCGUACUCUGGGCCUCGACAACAACACCUUUGUGUUCUUCACUUCUGACAAUGGGGCUGCUGUGAUGUCAGGUCCAGAGGAGAGUGGCAGCAAUGGACCCUUCCUGUGUGGGAAGGAGACCACCUUUGAGGGGGGCAUGAGGGAGCCUGCCAUAGCCUGGUGGCCUGGACACAUCCCAGCAGGAUCAGUGAGUACCAGACGUUCUUAGAACAUGAUUGCUCUCUUUUUUUUCCUUUUGUUCUCCAUUUCUAUACAACCCCCCCCCCCCCCCCCCCUUUCUAUACAAUCAGAGCAGACCCUGAAUCCUCUAGUUGUCACCCACCAAUCCCAUUUGACACCCUACAGGCCCAUCUUCUAUUACCGUGGCAACGAGAUGAUGGCCGUCCGGGUCGGGCCCUACAAAGCACACUACUGGACGUGGAGUAACUCCUGGGAGGAGUUUAACAAAGGGAUUAACUUCUGUCCCGGCCAAGAGGUGGCAGGUGUAACCACCCACAUUCAGAAAGAACACUCCAUGCAACCAAUCAUCUUCCACCUAGUGCGGGACCCUGGGGAGAAAUACCCAAUAAGUGUUGUUACUAAAGAGUACAGGGAUGCACUAAGCAGGAUCUCUCCAGUGGUGGAGCUCCAUAAGAACACUCUGGUCCCAGGUCUCCCCCAGCUCAACAUGUGUGACAUGGCCGUCAUGAACUGGGCUCCCGCAGGAUGUGAGAAGUUAGGAAAGUGCUUCAAAGCUCCGAAGUCACAACCAUGGAAAUGUGACUGGCCACACUAACUGUCCGGGUGUCUGUCUGUCUCUGAUGUCUGGCUGAGUUAGAAGACCCCAUUGAGAGAAGUACCAUCACCAUGGGAUAGAUAAUUAAAUGGCUUUUCACUGAGCUUGUGUGUACCAGGAGCGAUUUUUUGCAUUGGAUAACAUGAAACAUUGGACACUGCUGUAUUUUUUUUUGUAAUUUAGCAGACGCCCUUAUCCAGAGCGACUUACAAUAAGUACAGGGACAUUCCCCCGAGGGAAGUAGGGUGAAGUGCCUUGCCAAGAACACACAACGUAAUUUUGCGUGUUACCAGCAACCUUCUUAUUAAUAGCCUGAUUCCCUAACCACUCAGCAAACUGAUCUUACGUGAUAGUACUGUGGCUUUGUGUAUAAAACCGUUUUUAACAAGGUAAUCAACCAUUUAAGGUAGUUUAUCUGAUUCGUUAUUUUACUUUAAAUCAAUUAUUUAUAUUUUAUACUGCUGACAGAAAAGUGUGUUGUUGAUAAAAGAUUCAAUUGAAAUGUCAAAUCAAACUAUAGGGACAUGAUUUAGUUUAUUCUUAUUAAUUUCUGUACAAAUAAUAUUUUAAACUGAAUAAAUGUAUUUUUCUUUUUCCCA